UUUGCUCCUGAGGAUCACCAUCGGAUGUUAAAUUUACAAUAUGGGUCUUUUGUCUCUUUCUCGAAGUUUUCUGGUGCUGUAUCUUGAUGCUCAUUGGAUGAUGAAAGGGAGAAAAAUUUUGCUUCUCGAAACAAAUGUACAUUUGAAUGAGGGGGUUUGUCUCUGUUUUGCACACUGCUUUACUUUGGAUCUCGGAAAAUACUUGAAUUUUGAGGUUUCCCUUGCUUGACCUGGAAUGUUCAGAGAUCUAGUCGGACCACGGCUCCCGAAUUUCAUUUUUACUUUGGAUCCACUCUCUGGUAUCCUUAGGUGUAUUGACAUGGUUUGUAAUGAUCGUGGAAGGACAAGGUGUAACCAGUGGCCGAAUUAAUGUCAUAUGUCCAUUCGUAGUCGAGGAAAAACUACUCACGGUUCAGUAAUUUGAACCUGAAGUUUUGCUUUGCUACCUCUUUGGGACAACAUUAAGAAGGCUGAUGGGUUCAAGAUUCCCAUCUCACCAGCUCAGCAAUGGCCUAUAUGUGUCAGGCCGGCCUGAACAGCCGAAAGAAAAGGGACCAACAAUGAGCUCUGUUGCCAUGCCAUAUACUGGCGGUGACAUCAAGAAGUCAGGAGACCUUGGGAAAAUGUUUGAUAUCCCCAUGGAUGGUUCAAAAUCUAGAAAAUCUGGUCAAUUAGGUGGUGCUCCCUCAAGGACCGGAUCAUUUGCAGGCGCUGCUUCACAUUCUGGACCUAUUAAUGCUGGAGCUCGUGCUGGGUACACUACAUCAGGUAAUCUAUCUGCUGGAGGCAUGACUACUUCAGCCUCAAUGAAGAAAACCAACUCUGGUCCUUUGAAUAAACAUGGGGAACCUGUUAAGAAGUCAUCUGGACCUCAAUCCGGUGGAGUUACACGCCAAAACUCUGGUUCAAUUCCUCCUGUUCUUCCUACUACUGGUCUUAUUACAUCUGGCCCACUAAACUCAUCUGGGGCUCCAAGGAAAGUAUCAGGUCCAUUAGAGUCCACAGGAUCAAUGAAAUCACAAAGUUUCUCUGUUGCUCACAAUCCAGCUGUGACCACUCUUAGCCCAGAUGAUGAAUAUUCCUUCAGGAGGAAUUUCCCGAAGCCAAUUUUGUGGUCUGUGAUUCUGAUUUUUGUUAUGGGAUUCAUUGCUGGAGGCUUUAUUCUUGGAGCUGUCCACAAUGCUAUUCUUCUGAUUGUUGUAGUAAUUCUGUUUGCUGCUGUUGGUGCAUUAUUUACAUGGAAUAGUUGUUAUGGGAGGGGAGGCAUUGUCAGUUUCAUUUCUCGUUAUCCUGAUGCCGAGCUUCGAACCGCUAAGAAUGGGCAAUUUGUGAAGGUUUCUGGGGUGGUUACCUGUGGUAAUGUCCCUCUUGAAUCAUCCUUUCGGAAAGUCCCUAGAUGUGUUUAUACAUCUACAAGCUUGUAUGAAUAUCGAGGAUGGGGUUCAAAACCUGCCAACCCAAAGCAUCACCGUUUUACUUGGGGACUAAGAUCAGCUGAGAGGCAUGUGGUGGAUUUUUACAUCUCGGAUUUUCAAUCCGGAUUGAGAGCGUUAGUCAAAACAGGUUAUGGUGCAAGGGUGACUCCUUAUGUUGAUGAGUCUGUUAUAAUCGAUGUUAAUCCGUCCAACAAAGACAUGUCCCCAGAGUUUCUCCGAUGGUUGGGAGAGAGAAAUCUUUCAAGUGAUGAUCGUGUAAUGCGCAUAAAAGAAGGGUAUAUCAAAGAAGGUAGCACAGUAAGCGUAAUGGGAGUGGUUCAGAGGAAUGAGAAUGUGCUUAUGAUUGUCCCUCCAACUGAGCCUUUGAACACUGGAUGCCAAUGGGCUAAAUGUAUAUUUCCUGCUAGUCUCGAAGGUAUUGUUUUGAGAUGUGAAGAUACAACCAAGAUUGAUGUCAUUCCGGUGUAGUUAUAUCACAAUGUGACCCAGAACACUGUUAGGCCUUCUUCUUCUUCUUCUUCGUUUUGCAAAACAAAAGAGAGAACAUUUUGUUCCCAUACCAGAAGUUGAUGGUGAUGGUUGAUGAUGAUGUUUGUAAGUUUGAUGAUGAUGAUUCUACAGUUGACGUUGGUGAUUUGUUUUCACACUCAACUCGUAGUUUGCUGUAUAGCUAAUGUAAGUUCUUAUUCUUUUAGUUAUAUUUUUCCCCUCAAGGAUUUUGCAUUGUUUUUAUGGAUGUCGGUUGGUUCAUAUAGUGACAAGGUGUCUUCAGAGGAA